AAAAUGUCUACUUUUCAACCUAGGAAGGCGACAACUAUAAUGCAGGAUGCUGAGAAAGCGCUUGAGUUGGCUAAGCUUCAGAUUGGAUCCACUUUGCUUGCGGAAAAGAAACAACCUGGGACUAUUGAUGUUGGAAAUGGUCAGAGAGUCGUCACAAAUGUCUAUCUUCUUGAAAUGUCGAAAACAAAAGAUUUAUUUCGUUAUGAGGUCAAUGUUUCUGGAGUUGGACAACGUGAAUUUGAUUUGACUACUCGAUCUUCUUCAGACUAUCGUAAUGCUGUGCGUCGUCUUCAAUGCUAUUCUGUUUUGAGAGCUUUUAAGAUUAAGCAUGCUUCGGUUUUAUCAAAGGAACGUCUUUAUUAUGAUUGUGGGAGUUUCCUCAUUUCAACCAUUGAUUUGAAAGUUCCAGUUCAUGGAAUUGAGGAGUUGUUUACGUUGGAGCAGAUUAAACAACAUUCUCCUCAUUUCUUCAAUGGCUUCGACUCAUUUAGACUUAAAAUUCGUCCGGUUCAAGAUACUAAGAAAUUGCUCAAACUGUCCGAUUUUUCUUACGUCACUAACGAUGCAGAGAAGAUUGAUCGUACAACUCAGCAGUUUUUGGAUAUUGCAACAUCUCAGGACGUUUUUGAUGAUCCGUAA